UGGUUACACGUGCAGGUGUACAGCGUUUUGCUUAUGAAUGAGUUUUUUAAAAAUAAUUAUUAUCCUUUCGUAGGGUAAGUUUCUAACGAGGUUAGGUUAUUCUAAUUCAAAAUGAAGACCAAACCGACGAGGCACAAGGAAACGAACACGUUUAAGUUUAAACCGUUCUCCGAAAGAAUAUCCGAAAUCGACGUGGACGUAUUUCAUAGAGUGUCUCACCGCAAUGAAGAUGACUCCGAAGUCGAGGAGACGUACUUUCACGAAGCUUUGCAAAAGUGGAACGUACUUAACCUCUCGGAGAGCUAUUGCAGCUUUAAGAAGGAAGUACGAAAUAUCGUGACACUCCCGCAGCUGCUUAACAGCAAGCAACAUGUAGUCGAUACUCUAAUGAAGUAUUUGAAGAUGAAAGACGUCUUAUCUUUGCAACCGAUCUUGGAGUUAGUUGUGGCCGUUGCGAGAGACUUGCAGAAAGAUUUCUAUGAAUAUUUCCCAGAAUUCUUGGCAGUUAUUACGAGUCUGUUGAACACGAAAGAUGCGGAGCAAUUAGAGCACGCAUUUACUGCUCUCGCUUACUUAUUCAAGUUUCUAUGGAGAUAUUUGAUAAGAAACGUCGACGCAGUAUUCGACCUGUUACUACCGCUAUUAGCUGAUUCAAGGCCAGUGUAUAUCAACAAUUUUGCUGCUGAAAGUUUCUCAUUUGUGGUUCGCAAAGUCAAAGACAAGGAUGGCUUUUUACGACUUAUCUUGAACAACCUUCGGGAGAGACCUGGUGGCACUCAAGGGUGUGGCAAGCUGCUGUACGAAGUUGUUUCUGGAGUACCGGGACAAUUUCAUUCCUGUGCGGAGCAAAUGCUGACUCUCUACUUUCAGGCACUGCAAGAUGAAUCGAUCGAUCAGAAACUCUUGUAUAAAGUCUUGGAGCAAAUAUUGAAUAACAUUCUAACUAAUAUUCAGCCACAACGAAGUGAGAUAUUAUGGAGUGUUCUCAUAAAAAUGAUUGAGAAAUUUUCAGAGAAUAAUUGUCAAGCCCGUACAAAUCGAGAAAGUGGUUUAGCGCUGAUAAUGAAACUUGCGUUACCCAUUGUCACUUUUAACGGGGGAAAGAUGUUAACGAACCCGAUACCGUUUGUUAAAACUCUCGUGCAAGUAAUCGAUGAGCACAAGCAAGAGGAGGAAAUUUUGCAGACCGUCGUUAAAGUUUCCAUUGCUGUUUUAUUAGGGCCUAAUGUGAAACUUACACAAGAAACGUCAUGCCAGUUAGCGUUGAAAGUUUUGUCGGUAGACAGUACCGAUUUUCUAUACAAGAUCAUCGAAGAACUGAUUCACUACUCCUCUUUUGAAGCAUUGGUGCUGCCACAUAUUUUGCAGACAAUCGAUGCAAGACUGGAUAGCAAAGCUUUGCGAUUACUGUCUAAAAUCAUAGAGGAAAAAUCACCACCGUGUUUGAAUGGCGUGGGUCUCUCAAAGUGGAAUAAAUUCACCCUGGAUGUACGACAUUUAUCUCCAGAGACGAUAACUUAUUUGGAGAAGGAGUUGACGUCACUUUCUACACCUAAUGCUACGGAAGACUCUUUGAGGAUUUUAAUUAUUCUUCCUCAUCUAAGUCCAAAGCCAAAAAUACUGGAAGCUGUUUUACUACGUGAGACGAUAUCAUUACAUGAGAAUUUACUGGCUUCCAAUGCACAGAAUGACACCGAGGAACUUAAAAGGUUCCGCUUCUCUUUUUUACUGGCCAUGGAAACGGUUAUUCAUAUCCUCGAACCGAGUGUUCUCCACAAAUUUCUUCAAGAAACUAACAUUAGUGUUUGUAAUCUUGCCCGUAAGUUUUCUGACAGUGAAAUUGUUUUAAACUUUACGGACUUGUUUCUGACUAGUGUCAGUGAGUUGAGUGCCCGUGGGGAAUACGUUAACAGGUCAACAUUCGAAGCUCUGCACGAAUGCAUCGCACCGAUGCUGGGUUCUCCAUUUCAUCACGUACGACUAAUAGCGGCACAUAUAUAUUCUCUGUUUAAAACUGUGGAAGUGCUUCGCAUCUCUGAAGGUAGUGCCGAUAAGAAUGCCUUCGAGCUGCCUCUGUUAGCCGAAAGCCGGUCUGCAUCGAUACAGAAGUAUCGAGACAAAUUGCUCCACCUCGAAGCCCUCUCUUACCAGUGCCAUGCUACUGUCAAUCUUCGAUCCAAGUACCACGGUUUCCCAUUGAGAUACUUAAUUGGGAAUUUGUAUGUGAACUUUUCUUUAAUAUGGGACCCGGUGUGCAAAAUUAUCGCGACGUACGCCCAUAAAGAGUGCUCCCAAUUCUGGGAAAUCUUCCUCUCCGAGCUGACUUCGGAGAGACCUUCGGUGCGUAGUGAAAGUGCUUCCUUCGAGUGCGAUGUCCUUUCCAAGAUCCAGGAAAGACUCUCCCAGGGUGACGACAAGCCUGACCAUGAGAAUUACAAACUCCUCCUCUGGAAAUGCAUGUCGUACUUCCCAGAAUUCUGCGAAGUGAAAAACAGAGACAUCACUGGACUGUUUGUUGGCUUCGUCGAGAGUAAUUUCUUCAGGUGCAAUUCCGAGGAGGCGAAGUCAUGCGACAUCGCGAUACACUCCAGAAAACUGUCAGCUAUAGAGAACACCGAAGAAGAGGACAUCGGAGAGGAUGAGACCGAAGCUUCGAAAGCUUCGGAGCAGGCAAAGUCGAGGUUUGGCUCUAGACUGCGGAAGAUCAAACUUCUUCUGGGCCAGAUGGAGGUGUUCUCGAAGAUGUCCAAUCCGAGGAUGCUGCACAGAGCCUCCGAAGUAGAAAACAUAUACCUGGAGUUGCUGUCUUCGAGGAACGUAGAGAUUCAGAAGGCUGCGCUUAACUGUCUCUUGUCAUACAGGCACAAGUACAUACUCCCUUACAAGGAACAACUGCAGAACCUGGUGGACGAGAAGAACUUGAAAAGCGAGCUGAUCCGCUUCCGAAUAGACCAGGACAGCGAAAUCCUCCAGGAGGAGCAUCGAGAGGAGCUGAUGCCUCUAGUGAUGAGGAUCAUCUACGCGAAAAUGGCGACAAGAACCGGCACCAGGACGGGAGGGAAAGGCGGAGGCCUGGUGCGAAGAAAAGCAGUCCUCAGAUUCCUGGCUGGAAGUCGGGAAAACGAGAUGCUAGCCUUCUCCAGGAUGGCGUUCGGUCCCUUGCUAAGAUUCCUGCCGAAGGCCUUGGACGAGGACCUGGACCUGAAAUCCCUGAUCAAGGACGUGAUCGAGAAGACCGACCUCCAGAACGUGGUCCCCCCGAAGCGGCUCCAGAGCACCGUGAACCUCCUCAGCAUCAUCAUCGAGCAAUUCGGGGGGAACAUGGAGAAACUUCUCCCAAGGCUGCUGGGGCUGCUCAUCUGCAUCCUGGCCCAGGUCGUCGGCGUCCUGAAGAGGGCCGGCGAGGUCCACCCUGGCUUCCUGCCCUCCAUCAGGAACGUCCGGACGAGCUGCGUGGCGAUCCUCGCCAGGUUUUUCUCCCACUUCGAGAACUUCGGAUGGACCGCCGAUCAGCUGGACGCCCUCUUCGAGGUGGCGGUCUUCCCCUGGGUGGAGAAGCUGCCGAUGGAAGGGAUUCACAGCCCCACGGCAUUACUGAAGCUCUUUUCAGCCUGGAGCCAGAACCCUAGAUACUUCCCGCUGUUCAUAAAGCACCAGGAAGCCUCCACGGAGAUGACGCCUCUCCCCUUCGUCAUGCGCCUCCUGUGCGGCCCCAGGACGCAGCCGUCCGUGAUAAACGCCAUUUUGGAGAUUCUUCUGAAACUGCUCACCCUCCAGGAAGACCCUGACCGGAUGGACGUGGACCUGAAAGCUGCUCCUUUGGACGAGGUCCUCAGAAAUUGCCUGGUAGUUCCGAAAACAGCCAUCGGCGUUAACUUCGGCUCUGCUAUUCUCUUGCCCCACGUCCCCGCCAUCCUGGAGUACGUUAAGAGGAAAUUAAUUCGCACUAAACGGGUGGUGAACAAGACUGAAUUAACGAUCCUCUCUCGCAUUUCGGAGCUGGUUUCAGACCCUGAUUCAUGCGACGCUCUGCUGACCCUGGUUUUGCCGAUAUUAGUUAAGAAAGCCGGGAUCCCCGGAGCUGACGAGGCCGUCUUGGACCUCGUCACCACGGCGGCGAACCUGGUGAAGCGGGUGAAGAGACCGGAAAAGCAUCUCCGUCUGGUCGUGCCCCUGGUUGGCACGGUGUCGAAUAUCCCUGCUAGGAAGAUCCUCUUGGAAAUAUUCCAGGAUAUCGCGGAGAGGUCCGGGGAAGACUCGAGGAAGGUCUUGAAGGCCAACUGCGAGGUCCUCGUCGACCUGAACGCCUGGGACCGGAAGUGGGUCGAGCAGCCGGAUUUCCAGAAGAGGCUCGACGCCUUCUCUGGGAUCAACGGACUCCUGGAGGAGGAGCGGGUCAGUCUGGAGUUCGGGGUGGCCGUUAUUCACAACUGCUUCUUCUUCCUGAAGCAUGAGACCGACCUGGCGCUCAGGGACUCCUCUGGGCAGUGCCUGAAGACCCUGGGCCCGAAGCUGGCCCAGAGGUUCAAGGCCGACAACCGGGACAGGCUCUUCCUGGUCGAGGAGAACGUCCUGGCCAUCAUCAGGAGCGGGAUUCGGAGCAAGAACGAGGUCGUCAGGAUGCAGUCCAUCGCGUUCCUGGGGAGGAUGGCCAUGGAGUGUCCGGAUGUCCACCCCGUCUUCAGGGACUUGUCCCCCCUGGCUGACAAGCUCGACCCCGAGGUCGACUUCUUCGAGAACUCCCAACAUCUCCAGCUACAUAGGAGAGCCAGGGCUCUCCUCAAGUUCUGCUCCGUUGCCGGGACCCUGAAGAAGACGCCUAACCCGAAGACCCUGACGCACUUCGUCCUUCCCUUGGCCUCCAACUAUCUAUGCAACGACGCCUUCGCCAAGAAGAACAGCUUGGUCGACGCCUCCAUCGACACCCUGGGGGUUGUUUCCAGAUUGCUGCCCUGGCAGCAGUACGAGGUCCUCCUCAGGUUCUACCUGGACAAGCUGAAGUCCUCCACGGAACACCAGAGGCAGAUCGUCAGGAUCGUCGUUGCCAUCCUGGACGGCUUUCAUUACGACCUGGGGAAGUUUAAGGAGAAACCUGAGGGGCAGGUCAAGGUCUCUCCACCAGGCAAACCCGAGAAGCCUCCUGGAGAUGCCGAAGACGCCGUUCAGGAGGAGGAGGAGGAGGAGGAGGACGCUUCCUUGGAGAAGCUCGAUGAAGCCCUCGAUGCCAAAGAGCCCAAGGGCGAAGAGGUCGCGAAGGAAGACGGAGAGGAUGCCGAGGAACUUCCUGCCGUGAAGAAGGAGCUCGUUCUAUCCCAGUCUGCUGCCAGGAGGGUCGUCUUCGGCAUCUCCAAGGGGCUGUUGCCCCAGCUUCAUCGCGCCAUCGUCGCCAGGACUCGCCAUGAAACCAGCCACAAGGUCAAUAGGAAGAGGACGGGAGCUGAGAGGGAGGAAGAAGAGAUGGUCAGGGUGCCCAUUGCUCUUGCUCUGGUGAAGCUCCUUCAGAAACUCCCGGGGGACGCCCUCGACAAGAAUCUACCCGGGGUCCUGAUGAAGAUCUGCACGUUCCUGAAGUCUCGGCUGGACUCCGUGAGGAGAAUCACUCGGGAGAUCCUCCAGAAGAUCAUGAUCACCCUGGGUCCGGAUUACCUUCAUCAUUUACUGACAGAAAUGAACGGUCUUCUGACUAAGGGCUUUCAAGUUCAUGUUCUGGUCUACACGAUCCAUGCUGUAAUGGUUUCUCUGAAGCCAUACCUCAAACCAGUCCACGUUAACCAGAAUCUACAAAGCCUCCUCUCGGUCUGCAAAGUUGAUCUCUUCGGUCUAACCGCAGAGGAGAAAGAGGUUGCUGGGAUCGUGAAGAACGUCUCCGAGGCAAAGUCCACGAAGAGCUACGACAUCUUCCACAUACUGGCGCAGUUUAUAUCGGAAUCCUGUCUCCUGGACUUGACCUUACCUCUGAAGGAAGUCCUCACGAAGACGCACUCCUACAAGACUGUCAGGAAGGCCGUCGAAUGUCUACGACAGAUCGUCCUGGGCCUUGCUGACAACACUUUCAUCCCUACCGAGAGAAUGCUCAUCUUCCUCUACGGAGUCGUCUCCGAGAGCAUCCCAGAUUUGGGUCCUGAAAAGAGCGAGCCAAUAUCUGAACAGGAAGCUCGGAUUAAGGCCCGACAGAACCCGGACUGCUUCAUCAUCCCCAAGGAGCCGAAGAGCAGAAUGGGAGUGAAACAGACUGCGAAAACCUCCAGGAACACGAACGCACACGUAAUGGUGGAGUUUGGCCUGAGGCUCUGUCAUAUCUUCCUGAAAAGGGAGCGCGUCUCCAACCAGGAGUUCAGACCUUACCUGGACCCCUUCGUCGAGGUCCUCAGCGAGUGCCUUAAGGCCCAACACGUCAAGCUGAGCACCCUGGCUCUGCAGUGCCUAGGCUGGAUCCUGAAGAUGAGCUUGCCCUCCCUGAAGAAGGCGGCCCCGGAAAUCUGCUCCUCCUUGUUCGGGAUCCUCCACAAAUACGCGGCAGCUGGUUUGAGCAAAGGGGACAACUUCGACCUGGUCGUGGCGUCGUUUAAAUGCGUCUCAGUCCUGGUGCGGGACGUUAAGGACUUCAGGAUAACCGUCGACCAGCUGAAGAUCUUGCUGUUGUACGCCGAGCAAGACCUCCACGACACCGACAAGCAGGCCACGGCUUUUGGCCUCCUCAAGGCGAUUAUUAACAGGAAAUUAAUCGUCCCCGAGAUCCACGGAGUGAUGCAUAAGGUGGCGAAGCUCAGCGUAACCUCCGACCUGGACCACGUCAGGCAACAAGCGAGAUCUGUCUUUUACACCUUCCUCAUGGAAUACCCGAUUGGAAAUCAAUUGGUCAAGCAUUUGUCCUUCUUCCUGACCCAACUCGGCUUCGAGGUCCAGCAAGGUCGCCUGAGUGCCCUGGAGAUGAUUCACAACGUCGUCACGGGAUUCCCCGUGGAAGUACUGUCGGAACAUUCAGAAGUUCUCUUCCUGAUGGUCGGUGCAAGAUUAGUCAACGAUGAUGACCCCACUUGUCGGAAGCUCUGUGCAAAGUGCCUGAAGGAAAUGCUCAUUCGCAUCCCUCACAACCAGCGAACAAAGUUAUUCACCCUGGUGGCUGUCUGGUUUAAAGAUAAAAAGCUGGUCCACAGGAGAUUGGCGGCGCAGCUUUGCGGAAUCUUCGCAACGGCAGAAAAGGAGAAGUUUGACUCCCGGCUUUCGCAAGUUCUGCCUCUAAUAUUGAAGCAGUUCCAUCAUUUCGAGGGGGUGGAUAAAACGGAAGUCGGACGUUACGUGAAAUCCCUGGGAGGUGGCCCCAAGAGAGGACGUAGCGCCGAAGAGGUUCCCGAGAAAGUGAUGGACCAUUACAUCUUCCAAGUUAUGCAAUUGCUCCUGAAAAUCUCGGCUAACUGCCCCAAGCUUUUAAAUAGUAAAAAGCACCAGAGCUUCGUUUCCUCGUUCGCAGAGCACAGUCAGUCUUUACUAGCUCAUCCACAUUUGUGGGUGAGGCUGGCGUCCACCCAGAUGAUCGGUUUCAUUUUGGCUGCUCUGGAUGUCAAGAGAGUUGUGGAACUUCUGGAGAAUCCAGAGAAGUGCACCCUGGACGAUGGGUACAUGUACUCCGAUCCCAUGAAUACUAUCAAAACCCUGAGUCUGGAUCUUAUCGCACAGUUACAUCCAGAUAUGAUGUGCGAUGAGUUCGCCGAUCAAGUUGUGAAAAAUUUAAUUUUCAUCUCGCGUCUCUUGAGGUCUGUGAAACCGAAACUUGAGGAUACAAAGGAGACGUCUAACGAGGAUGAACAUAAUGCUUCAUACGUAUCGUUAAUCUGGUUUGUCAAGAGAUUACGGAAAGCUGUUAACAUGGAAGUUGCUCAAGCUCCGAAAUCCAUAUCCGUGAGAACCGCGGUAUUUAAAUUAUUCGCUGGAAUGGUGACCGCUAUACCCAUGGAGUAUCUGGAGCCAGUUUUACUUCACGUAAUGUCGCCUUUGGUUAGAGAAAUUUCCACGACGGAGGAAUCGAAUGCUCCUCUUCGACAUUUGGCUAAAGACGCCGCAAGAAUGAUUAAGAAGAAACUGGAUGCCGAAGAGUACACGAGGUUGUUGAGGAAGGUUCAACAGAGGCUCGACAUGAGGAGAGCCGAAAGGAAAAGAACACGAACCCAACAAUUCGUCACAGAUCCAGAAUUGGCGGCCAAGAGGAAGAUCGCGAGGCAACAGAAGAAGAAAGAAGCCAAGAAGAGGAAGAUGGAUGUCAUGAAGGGUAAAAAGACGCCGAGGAAGAAACCCAAGAAAGAAGUGAAUUUAGAAGAAUUUUAAAUCCACUUCUCGAAGGACUGAAUUUUGCACUGUACAGAACUGUAUAAAUCCUGUUGAUUAUAUUUGAAGUAAUAGGUUUUAAGUUUAGGGAAUCUAUCUUUUAGAUAACAUGUUUUAUAGAGACGCAAGUUUAAUCGAUUGAAAUUUAUAAACGGAUAGUUAAUAAUUGCAAUUAUAUGAUAUACCAGUUUUUUCUGGGCUUGAAAUAGAAAUUAGGUUUCAGAAAAUUAAAUA